AUGAAGGAGGUCACGCACAGAUACGAAAAAAUUACACCCGAAUCUCGGGCCAACUUCUCAGAUGACGAGGGCAGCCUUACGGGCUACAACGAACCACCUCCUGACAAGUUCAAUCUGGCAUGGCUCAUCUUCUGCCUGUUGGGGGUGGGGCUGCUCUUCCCGUGGAACGCCCUCCUGACCGCUGCCGAUUACUUUGCCACCCUCUACCCCAAAUUUGCCUUCUCAUUUGCGCUGUCGCUGGCCUACAACUGGCCCUCCGUGAUCAUGCUCCUCCUGACCAUCCGAUGGGGCCGCAACUUCUCCUUCACCUCCCGAAUUGUUGUCGGUUUCACGAUCGACGUGAUCGUGCAGGUCAUGGUUCCCCUCAUCAACCUCGACGGUGUCCCCUAUCCCGUUAAUCUCAUCGUCACCCUUGGUGGAGUGUUCGCCACAGGAUGCGCCACAGCGAUGCUGUUUGGAACUAUCCUGGGCUUGGCCUCGAUGUUUCCGCCCACGUACAUCACGGCUGUGAUGAGCGGCAACGGAGUGGCAGGCAUCAUUGCGGGAGGCCUCCGCUGCAUCACCAAGGGAUCCCUGCCCAAUGAUAUGCAGACGUCGUCGAUGAUUUACUUCGCUCUGUCGGGAUUUAUCCUCUUCCUCUGCAUCGUCGGCUACUUUGUCCUCCUGCGACUGCCGAUCACCAAGUACUACAUGGCCCAGUCUCAGAAGGAAUCGGGCCAGCCAAAGAAGGGUUCGAUCAACGAUAGCGUCGACCCGGUGUAUUCCACCGACGACGAAGAGAUCGUGGCCGGAGCCUCUCAGCAGAAGAAGGUCCACUACUUCUCGCUCAUGAAGCGUAUCUGGCGCGAGGCUCUCGUGGUCUUCACCAUCUUCUUCGUAUCGCUCUCGCUCUUCCCCGGCAUGACCGCACAAAUUCACACGGCCACCCACUCGCUGUCGCAAGAGUGGUUCGUGAUCCUGAUGAUCUUCAACUUCCAAAUCUUCGAUUUUAUCGGUCGCACGCUGCCCAAGUUCUUCAUCCUCUUCAGUGCCCGAUGGCUGUGGGUCCCCACCUUCGCCAGGUGCGCGUUCUUUGCGCUGUUCAUUCUGUGCAUCAAGCCGCUCAUCUUCAACCACGACGCCUGGUACCACGUGUUCAUGGCCAUCUUCGCGCUCACCAACGGCUACUGCGGCACGUUGGCGAUGAUGUACGGCCCAACCAAUGCCAAGGAUCACGAGAAGGAAACCGCUGGCGCCAUCAUGUCCUUCUUUCUCAACUUUGGCAUCUUCCUGGCCGCCCACUUUGCCAUCCUCCUCCUCUACGCCGUCGAAGGAACCCUUCCGUGGGACUCCUCCUAA